AUGAGCACACCGAGACGCUGCCCAGUGACUCAGUACAUCGACGGUGAACCAUGCAGCAUCUACUUCAGCCCCGCUCUUUACCGACAAGUCCCAACCUUUGAACCACAAGAGGGAGAUAUUAUACAGGUGUCGUACCCCAGAUCUGGGUCACACUGGAUGCAGCAAAUCGUCCAGCUGAUCUUGUCCAAGGGGGUGUCGGUGAAAACGUACAAUGAAUCCCUUGAGAGGGCGCCUUUCCUCGAGGUCGUGGAAGUUAGGUCGACCUCAUCCCCCAGACUCCUCCGGACCCAUUUCUCAAUGAGCAAACUUCGCCUCAGACCCAAGGCAAAGUACAUCUACGUGGCACGGAACCCCUGGGAUUGCUGCGUGUCGUGCUACCACUUUGCACGAGAAUGUCCCGGCAUGAAGUUCAUCAACGGAGCAUUCGACGACUUUUUAGACGCGUUUCUCAACGCAAAGAUUGGUUUUGGCGACUACUUUGAGCAUAUUCUCUCUGGCUACAGUCACAGAGACGACCCGAACGUGUUUUUCAUUACGUACGAAGAGCUCCAGAGAAACAAAAAAGAAGUUGUCCUACGGUUGGCCGGCUUUUUAGGCGAAGAACAGAGGAGAGUGCUUGAAGAAAACCAGGACGUGUUUGUGCAAGUUCUCGAGAAGAGCACCGUGGAUUUCAUGAAGAAUAUAAUGAGGACAAGCCCCAAAGAGGUCCUCAAGGUUCUUGCCACAAACUCGCCACACCUUCAGCCGCCCCAGGUUGUCAGCAACCAGGAGUCUUGCCAAUCGACCGACGUCCAUAUCCUUCGCAAGGGAGUCGUGGGAGAUUGGAAGCAGCAUUUCAGCCCUGAAAAUAUCGAGAAGAUGCAGGCUGCCAUCAAAGAACGAACGAAGGGUUCGGAUAUCAUGAAUCUUUGGCAGUGUGACUGA